AUGAGGUGAUUAGAAAAAAAUAUUUUUUUAUGGAUUUUUUUAUUUAAAACGUGGGUGGUAUGAAAAAAAGACCAGAAAAAAAUUCGAACGGCAACUUUUCCGAUUUUUUUCAUAUCGCUAGGGAACUUUCCGACUUUUUUUCCCUAAUUUUUUUGGUUUAUAAAACAUCUAUUAACAUUUUUUUCUUCCUAUUUCUUUGUGUUUCAAUCAUAAACCAACUACUUAUUUUUAUAUAGGAAGAUUCAAAAACAAAGAGUUUAUCGAGAAAAAAAGUCGGAAAAAAAUUCGGCGGAAAGGUGGCCGUCGGAAAGUUCCCUAGCGAUCUGAAAAAUCGGAAAAGUCGCCGUUUGAGAUUUCGCUGGUCUUUUUUUCAUACCAUCGAAACGUGAGGUUUUAAAGCUCAUUUCUAUUCAACUUUAGUUCCACCGCGCCUGGUUUUUUUUACGAUUUAAUUUUCAAGAUUUGAAACUAGCUUAAACUCUAAAUUUACGUGGUCGCAUUGGGAAUGGCUGGCUGCGUCAUUACUUAGGAACUUUAAAGUGGUCCCUAUAGGGUUUCAGUUAGUGACCCUUAUAGGGGACAUGCUAGUCAAGAAUUGUUAUGAACUCUUUACGAAGAAGCAUUUUCAUGCAAAAAACUGAAUAACAAAGCGUUUUUCGAAUACAGCUGAUUCACGGCUGGCUUGAGUCAUCAAAAAAUGGUCCUGACACGAAAAGAAGAGAGACAGUGCUGGGUUGUUGGAGAGCGCAGAGAGACCACGCCCUUUUGCAUCCCAAGCUAGCCAUGAAUCGGGUAUAAAGUUGAAAGGCCCCUCUAGGGUCCACUUAAGCUUUAGGGGCUGAGAGGUCCGACCCUAAAUCCCUAUAGGGACCACCUUGAAUUUACCCCUAUAGGGACCACUUUUUCGGCCUCUAUAUAGGUUGUUUCCCCCUAAUCCCGAUAGGGACCACUCUGGAAUCCCUAAGUAACGCGUUGCGGUUGAGAAUAUGAAGUUAUCCUAUGCGCAACUCGUUUUUGGUCGGGUGCAAACGCUAAUUUCAUUCCUCCUGCGAGUCUUUAAGAAAAUAUCCUUUAAAAAAAAUCAUGGUUUGUUUAUUUUUAGAAUGCACCAGAGCCAAAAACUCUUCCUACUAUUGUUCAUCCCUUGCUUGAUAUUCUUGAUUCUGUACUCCAAGAAGUCGGAUCCGCUAAUAUCGAAUUUCGAAGCGGAUUUUAUUUCCUCUGAGGUUCGUUUUAAUAAUUUCAGAACUUUUCAAUUCGUUUCAGAAUUGCUGCUUGUGCAUUCUCCAAUCAUUGAAUACAACCCUGCCGGCCAUUUUAAUCGAUGCCGAACUUUUGAAAGGGAUCGCAGAAAAGUCGUGUAAACUACGGAAAAGGCGGAUUGAGGUUCAUUAUUUUUUCGAAAUUUUGAAGUUAAUUCAUCGAUUUUAAUGACCUUAGGGAUUUUAGAGUGGUCCCUAGAGGGGUUAGGGCAACAAACGGCCUCUAUAGGGACCGUAAAAUGGUCCACUAUAGGGGUAAAACCAAGGUGGUUCAUAUAGGAGUUUAGCGUAUGACCCCUUUGGCCCUAAAGCUUGUGAUCCCUAUAGGGGUCGUUAGAGUUUAUUUUAAAAGGUUUUUUUUUUUAGUUUUUCGCAUGGAAAUGCUUCUUCGUAUAGAGUUCAUAAAAAUUAUCGACUAGAAUGUCCCCUAUAGGGACCACUUUGGUAAGGUUUAGUGGACCCUAUAGGGGUUGGUAAAGUGGUCCCUAGUCAUGGGCCCCUAAGGUUGCCCCUAUAGGGACUACUCUGGAGCUCCUAAGUUUGACUAUUUUCUUUCGAAAAAGUUCAUUUUUCUUCGACGUUUUAUUACAAAUCUUGUAGACGAGAACCUAAAACUGUGAUGGAACUCAAAAAAUAAAAGUAUUCAGAUUGGUGUCGACGUAGCACACUUGGAAGACAAGACGAUUUUGAACGAUGAGCGGUUUAACGUCACUUUUUUCGAAAAUGAUCCGGCGACAGAUUUUCUGCGCUUUCGGACCAAACCGACGAGGAUCACGCCAAAGUCAGGAUUAUUUCAGGAAUUAAUUUAGAGCCUCCAAUCAACUUGGAAAUAAUUUAGACGAUCCCUUAAAAGCAAUGUUAGGAGACAAGGUUCCAACGAAAAAGAUUAUUUUUUUUAUUUACUUGUAAAAGAGAAAAAUAUUGUAUGUAAUUCGCAUUCUUUUUCAGAAUCGCUGGAACGAUGAAAUUCGGACUUUUGGAAGUUCCUGACCCGGAGAUGUUCUCCGAGUACUGGCGCCGGUCCAGACUCAUCAAAUGCCGCAAUAUUAACAUGAAUCGACCACUUUCCGCUUCGGUAUUACCGCAACGGAAGUCGGUGGCCUUCUUGGCGGAUGUUCGCGAUCGACUUCUGCAGUUUGGAAUGUUCUCCUUCCUCAAUGGCGGAACUUUACUCGGUUUUUUGAUUUUCAUGCGAUCGUGAAACAUUCUAUGAUUUUUUUAUAGAACUGUGUAACUGGUAAACAACGUUUUCUUGGCUCUAAAAAUAUUUUUUCAACUUGGGUUUUCUAAACCAUCUUCAAGCUCAUUCGAAACUCCAAAAUGGUCUCUAUAUGGGCAACCUAAAGGACCUUUGGAGGAUUCUCUCUAAGGACCACUAAAGCUUGCAAAAGUGGUUCCUAUAGGGGGAAAAAAAAAGUUAAACUAAUGAGUUUUUUUGAAUGAAGCUGGAAGAUCCCUAGAGGGACCACUUAAGCUUCACGGCUAAGGGGUUAGACCCUGAACCCCUAUAGUGACCAUUUGAGCUUUAUGGGCUAAGAGGUCAGACCCAAAACCACUAUAAGGACCCUAUUUGAAUAUUUGAAUAUUUAUUUCACCGGUUUUUAGGUUUUGGUUUUCCCCCUAGGAACCAUUUUUUCGUCCUCUUUAGGGGCCGUUUUUUUCCUAGCCCCUAUAGGGACCACUCUAUAAUUUUUUUAAGUGAUUUUCUAAAAAGAUAUUCUUUGGAUUAACUUUGAAGGCUGGUACCGGGAAUGCGGAGUCAUCCCACACACAAGCGAUAUGGAUAUCGCCGUCAUGGCCGGAGACUUCAAUCCGGCUCUGAUCCCUUUCUUGCAAUCUAAUGAGUCGGACUUCAAACUGUCGAGGAUUUUGGGAGAAGUGAGUGGGAAAUCCGGGGAAUGAUCGGUGAAAGAACAACAAGGGCUUGAAGAGACGCCAGAGAAAGAGAGAGCACUUCUUCAAUUUUUUUCAGAUUUUUUCUACAAGCUGAAAUAUUUGGUUUGGCAAGCCAAGCAGAGAAAAAAACAAGUUUUAAUCUAAAUUCAAGAUUUUGAAAAAUAUCUCUUGCCUUUUCAAGACGAGUACGGCAUUCCUAAUGGAGUGACGGAAGGUGAGCGAGGCGUCAAAAUUUCUCAAUUUACAAAAAAAGAAAGUGCGCGCUCCGGAUAAAAAGACUGUGACGUCACAGCUACCUAUACGUUGCAAAUUAAAAUGAGUAUUCAACGCCAUGAAGAAUACUGUACUCAAAAUUUGGCUGCCGACUUGAGAUUUCAAAUUUCGCGCCAAAAUUUUUCUUGACGUCUCCCCACCCCGUUUGGGAACGCCGUGACGAGUCAAGCCAAUAACUUUUUUUUUCGUAUAAUCAUCUCCAUUUCAGCCCAGAGAAUCUUUCGAGGUGACUGUCUACAAAAAGAACAACACCCGGGUUUACAUCGACGUCUUCCUGAUGUACUCCUCCGACUCGACGUCUUGGGUCGGGGGAACUGCUGGCAACGGCUCCAAGUUCAAGUACAGCUACCCGGUGUACGAUCCCUACUGUGCUGCCGAACUCUACGGACAUUUGUUCUGGGUUACCUGUCGGCCAGCUCUCAUGCUCAAGGUGAUAAUUAGUUUGGUUGAUUCAACUUGGAUAGGUCUUGUUUCUCUGCACCCUCUGGUUUUUGUGGACUCUUUGAAUGAAUGCUGAUUUCAAGCAUUCUCGGACCUUGGUUACGCGAUACGGACUUGUCGGGGCAUUUCUAGUGACCAUUUUAGUGGCGUCAGCACUCUUAAGUGAUCCCUUCAAGUGCUCAGAAACGUCCGUAGCUUUGAAGACGCAUAGACAAUUUCGGUCUCGUAACGAAUAUCUGUUGUCAGUGUUAUUUCAGGUCGCAAAACAUUUUGAAAACAGAAUUCGAAAAAAAAAGCUCCCAACAUGAGAACCUUAUAAAUUAUGUAACCAUUUCGAGGCAAAAUAAUUUGAGAACGGUUCAAAUUUUAGAAUUUAAAGCUUAAUUUUAAAAGAAUUAUUCCAGACGGAAUACGGCAAAGAUUGGGCGAAAGACUUUCCAUCCAGUAGAUACUACUGGAAUAAAUCUCACUUUAACGUCAAGCCCAAUGGACGAUGGAAAGAAGAGGACAUGCCGAGAGUUUAUCAAAUUUUCGAGUGA